AUAUUUACUUAGUCUAUAUUGGUAGCAAUCUGUAAGAGGUUUAAAGUGGCUCUCAAAGGCAGAGUUGGUGUUUGAAUGUUCAUUCUUGGGCAGGAAGAAUUUGUAUGAAUAAAUACUGAGAAAGGUUACUUGGUAUGUUUGAUGCUAUGGGUGCUGCCGGCUCAGCAGAUGACAUAAAUGCUAUGGAAAUUCACCACUGGUACACAAAAUUUAUGAAGGAGUGCCCAUCUGGACAACUCUGUCUGCAUGAAUUUAAACAUGUCCUGGAUCUACAUGGACUUACUCCAGAAGCUAACAACUACGUUGAACAAGUAUUUCACACGUUUGACAUGAAUAAGGAUGGAUUUAUAGACUUCUUGGAGUUCAUAGCUGCAAUAAACUUGGUCAUACGAGGGAAAAUUGACCAAAAAUUGAAAUGGUAUUUUAAGCUAUAUGAUGCUGAUGGAAACGGAUGUAUUGACAAAAAAGAACUAAUAAGCAUAUUCACGGCUAUCCAGGCUAUUAAUGGCCACAGCAACAUGUCAGCUGAAGACUUCACCAACAUGGUAUUUCAGAAGAUAGAUGUGAACAAUGACGGGGAACUGACUUUAGAAGAAUUUAUCAAUGGCGUGGAAGGAGAUGAGGGCCUAAUGGAAUUGAUUACAAAGAAUUUUGACCUUUCCAACGUGCUCAAAGUCAUACAGAACGGCAGGAGGCACAGCGUCUGAAGGAUCCAGCGACAGAUGUGGCAUCUGUGGCAUCAGUUCAAGGAAGAUAAUAGUUGAUAUUUUCAGAAAGCUCGAUGUCAUCAAAGCCUGCCCGGGCAAUAUUGAGCAACCUGCUCCAGGAGUAACAAUUUUCACUCUUGACUCCCUAUCUCUUUUUUUUUUUUUUUUUUUUUCUGUAUUCUUUCCCUCAGUAAUAACUGUGGCAGCCACAGAACACAACCCUUUGCUUAUAUAUAACAGAAAAGCUACUUUGAUGCAUUACAUAUAACUUGCUUGGUCUCUAUGAACACUGUUCAGACUAAUCAAUAAAAUAAUGGAAAUAUCACAAAAUGCAAUCUUUAGAGAAAACAUGGAGUUAAUAAAUGUCUUCUUUUAAGCACAGGCUCUUUGACCUGCUAUUUAAAGUGUGAACAUAAACUUCUAGGUAGGGCUGGGUUCUAUCCAGAUCAAUUAAGAAUGAAGCCUGGUUUCCAUUAACCUAACAUUUGCUCUAAUCAGUACUCAAAAUUGGAGUAAGUUCUCUGGGAAACACCUCAGCCAGCUUAAUAUUCCUGAGAUGUGCAUCCUCUUUAACAAUCUGUCUACCGCUCUUGACUUUAUUACAUGCAUAAAUUAAAAUAACGUGAUGGUUUGAUGGUUUUGGCAGGGUUCAGCUGCUGUUCUUUCAAAUUAACCUUUUAUAUAGAAGCACCGGAAUGAAAUUUUGUUAUCUUUGUAGGGUAAAAUUAGAAGUUCAAAGAAUAGCGAAACCCAAAUCAUUUUGUAAGCACUCUGUUUUGUGUCCUUUGACUCACAUGCCCUCCUUUUCAAACCAAUUCAUUUUCACUGGGCUUUUUGCCACAGCUGCGUGAGGCAAAAGGUAAGAAGUAUCACAAUUCAUCUCUGCUGAUGCAACUGCUGGCUUCUGCCAAACAGCCUGUUUAACAGCUGAAUUCUUCUGUCUUUCCCUGUCAGAGAGUAGUAAUUUAGGUAUCUUCGCCCUGCCCAGAUACCUGGGCGAAAGCUUUUUAGCAGUUUAGUCUCUUUGAAACUUCUACCUUCUUUCAAACUGCGUUUCAAUUGUCUCUGAAGGUGGUAGCUGUUAGGAGGGCAGGGAAGGCAUCUGCAGAUAGCACAAGCACUUAUGCCUCAUUUUCUUAGGAAACCAGGCUAAAACCAGCUCAACCUUAGUUUAUAAAGAGCAAGGAUAAUUAUAUGAGCUGAAACGGAACUGCUGUGAACUGUCUGCAAGGGGAAAAUUACAGUUCUCUCUGGUUCUCUUGGGAUUGAUUCUCUCUCAAGUCUGCAACAAGUUUUAUCAAAUUACUACAUUAUAUCCUGAGAAUAAAUCCUCCUUGGCUGACAGUGCCCUGCAGGCAUCACACUAAUAUUUAUUAUUGUUAGAAGCAUCAGCAUUAUGCAAAAUAAAGUGUGCAUGGAUCAGU